AUGUUACAUCCGUUAAACUUUCAAAUUUGCGAGCAUACGUUGUUGAAGGCAGGUUUUCGAAAAUACUCGACUCUGAUUGAUAGUGUUUAGUGGUGAAUUGACUCAAGAAUUUGUGACAAUUGAUAUUAAAUCAAUAUGUCGAACAAGAUGUAUUACUCGGAUAAAUACUACGACGAUAAAUACGAAUACAGACAUGUAGUAUUGCCAAAAGAAAUGAUUAAAUUGGUUCCAACUACACAUCUCCUUUCGGAACAAGAAUGGAGAGCUAUUGGUGUUCAACAAAGUCAAGGAUGGGUUCAUUACAUGAUUCAUAAGCCAGAACCUCAUAUUUUACUCUUUAAAAGGAAGAUAACAUCCCCACCACCAGAGAAUUAACUGUACUGACAAUAUGUAACAAUUUGUAAAUAAUGCACUAGAUCACUAGUAAUAUCCAUGAAAUAAUUCAGCAAACCAUUCUAUUAGCUUGAAAAUUAAUGUUAAUACAAUGACAAAUUGAUUCACAUAAAUUCACAUUUAAAAUUUAUUGAUUCUAAGAAACAGAGUGACAAUUUUGUUUCUCCUAACUUCAUUUGUGACGUAUUCAUUCAUAUAAUCUGCUUGCCUGAACUUUUUCUUUCAAAAUGUCAUCUUAAAAAGUCAACAAAGGAAUUCUGUAUAUAUGUCUAUAAACUCCCUUAGUUCUUAAUUACAAUUUAAAUAGUACUUAUAUUUUGGAUUUACCAUAACAGCUUGGUAUUUCAUUUAAUAAAUAAAAUCUGAGUAUUUUGAUUGUUUUCUGAAAAUCAUACUUCUAUGGCAGAAUUAAUUAUUCUGUUCAGGAUUUUUUGAGUAAAGAAAAUUGUCAUAACUUGGUGAUUAAAGUGCCUUAAAUAAACGUGCUAAUUAUCAAGAUAUAAUUUUAGUAUAACUAAAUAUCUAAAGUGAUCAUUCCUUAUGUUUAACAAGAAUGAUAUAACAAAAGUGUGCGUUUAAAUUUUCAACAAUUGCAUAGAUAUUAAUUUGAAAUUCAAAUACUAGCAAUUAAGUAUUAAAUUCUACAUUAUUUAUUUUGUCGUGUUAUCUUUUACAUCAGUUAGAAUUGCGCAUAUUAUGUUUAUUUUACAUAUAAUGUUACUCAGAAUUAGCUCCCUAUGUAUUUUUUUCAACGUUGUAUCAGUAUGUAUAAGAAGUAAU